AUGGCCGAAUGGACUGAUCGCCCGUACCGUUCGCUCGCGCGAGCCCUAACUCGUCGAACUGUUCUGUACACGGAGAUGGUGGUUGCAGACGAUCUGCUGCACAAGGAUCAUGAUGGUCAGUUUCUCCUCUUGGAUGCGUCCACACAGGAAUCUCCCUUGGUGCUUCAGCUCGGGGGGGCAGAACCCGAAACUCUCAUGCGGGCGACAGAUGUAGCUGUGUCCUCCUCCCACGUGAACUAUGAGGAGAUCAAUCUCAACUGCGGUUGCCCGUCAGCGGCUGCGACAUGUUGCAGUCAGCGAUAUGGGGCUUCACUGAUGCAUGACCCUCAUGGGGUUGCUACUUGUUUACGAGCCAUGGCAAGAGCGUCGCCAAACGCUCCAGUGAGCGUCAAGUGCAGACUGGGAACCAACGAGAGAAAUGGAUAUAAGCUUCUCUCCGACUUCAUUUCCAUCGUCAGCUCAGGAGCUGGCGUUCGGCACUUUAUAAUUCACAGCAGGGAAUGUGUUCUUGGAGGCUUCACGCCCAAGCAGAACCGCACGAUUCCUCCUCUCCGUCCUCGAUGGACGCACCAGCUGAAGCAAGACUUCCCAGAUCUGCACUUCACGUACAAUGGAGGCAUCAAGUCGCUCGAGAUGGCUGGGAGGCAUCUCCUCGCUCCUCACAACGGCAUCAUCGCCGAGUAUGGCUCGUAUGCAGGCCUCAAGGAGCACGAGAGCAGCGGCAAUGAGAAAGCAGAUGAAUUCCAGUGGGACGACCUACCAGCAGUAGAUGGCGUAAUGAUCGGCAGGGAAGCUUAUCAGCGACCCUGGUUGUUGAGAGAAGCAGAUGUAAAAAUCUUUGGGGAGGACAGAAAUCCGGGGCUGACGAGGAGGAAGAUCCUCGAGGAUUACAUCGUCCUCGGAGAAGAGCUCAUGGAAAAAUACAGUAACAUCCACGGGCAUCGGAAGAAAGGGACUCCUGGCUACUCAACGAGGAAUCUGCUUAAACCUGUUUUCGGUCUCUUCGCCACAGAGCGUGGAGGACGUGAAUGGCGGAGAAUCCUCGACAAGGAAUGGGUUGGAGGUGGCAAGCUUGGCGUGCGAGAGCCUUCGCUCCGCGAGCUUCUGGAGGUGCACGAGCUCCAUCUCGAUCAUCAGGCAGCCAUGGAUGCUAUGCCGAGUGAGCUACUCGAUGCCGAGUAG